GUGUGCAAUUUCACGGCCAGGUUGAGCCUCGAAGGACAGACCCCGAUGUCUCCGGCAUUGCAGAUGCGGGUUGUGAACAUAUGUGCGUGACCGUUCCACUUGAAGCAGUUGCACAGCCGGGCAAUCAAGCCUUUUUCCUUGCAGCCACCCUCUUGGAGACCCUCGUAGAGCACUUCGCGAGGCCUGUUGUGCAUCAGGCGGAUGUACAGCAUCUAGCGGAACUUGUGCCGAGGGCUCCAGACCCCGAGGAGGUCUAUGAUGGCCUAGAUUGGCUAGACUCGGACCGCGGCAGCCUGUUGCGGGAUAAGCGUGUCCCACAUGAGUUGCGCAAGAGUUUCGCAGAUAUUCCGACCUGGAAUGGUCUUGGCGGCGAACAUCUACGGCCCGAUAAGCUGGAAAUCUAUACCGAUGGCUCCGCUCCUGGAGGGAAUCCGGACGACAGCACCAUUGAGCCAGCGGCGUGGGCCUUUUCUGUGUGGGCGAUCUGCGCCGGCGCCCCGUACAUGAUAGGCAGCGCGGCACACACCCUGGUUCCUGCCGGUACUCCGUACCAUAUUGGUGAGGAACGUGACACGGCUCUGGAAGCCGAACUCGGGGCCUUGGCAUGGGCUCUGAUCUGGGCUCUGGAGCACGGCGUCAAGUUUAAAACUUGGAUUGAAUUCUGCUAUGACGCCACCUCCGCGGGGGGGGGCGUCUUUGGAGAGGCCAGGUGUCCCGGCCAAGGCCGAGCCGGUGACGGUCUUGGCACUGCCGCUAUGCUCCUGCGCCAGACCCUAACUACGCGUGUGCCAGUUUCCCACCGGCAUGUCAAGGGACAUUCAGGGGUGCUGGCCAAUGAGUUAUGCGAUCAACUGGCGAAGCGCGCCAGACGCCAUCCUGAGAGCUUGUACGACAGACUCCUGCCAACUUGGCCCGCAAGGUGGGCGUGCCAUCCCCUGAAGCAGUGGACUUGGUUAGUGCAUGCGCAGAGUUCGAGCGUCCCGACGCUGACGGCCCUUGAAGCCGAAGCCCACAGGCUACAGGCGCAGGUCCCGGUUGUUCAGGCCCCGACUGCGGGCCUGCAGAUCAACAGGUUCAGUGCAGCAGAGGUGGAGUUUUCCUGCACCUUCGUCUCUUUCAACACUUUGACGCUUUUCGAUCCAGCCGUACCUGCGGGAAGGCGUCCUCGGACCGAGCAACAAGGCUUGCUCAUUUCCGGCAAGAGAGACCUGUUGAAGAGCCAAUUCACCAAAGCCAAGGUUUGGGCUGCAGGUCUCCAAGAAACGCGUCUGCCCUCGAGCGAGGUUCUCCCGGACAGAGAUUUUCUGAUGCUCAGUGCAGGGGCCAGUGAACAAGGGCACCAUGGCUGCUCUCUUUGGUUCAACCUUGCCCUUCCCUAUGCGCAUGAAGGUGCUAAGGUGCACAAACUCCGGCGCGAACAUGUCGUAGUCACGGGGGCCUCUCCCAGGCAUCUUCAGGUCCAGGUGUGUGCACCGCGCCUUCGGUUGACCAUAUUGGUUGCGCAUGGGCCCUCCAGCGCAAAGGAUCACGGAGCUGAGGCUGAAACGUUCUGGAAAGAACGGGCCGCUGACCUACGUGAUAGGACAGAAGGCUCCGAAAUCGUCAUUUUGGCUGAUGCUAAUGCCCAUAUAGGCUCCCUUCCAACUGAGGCCAUCGGAGGGCAUGAUCCAGAAGAGGAAAAUCCAGCCGGGGCAGCUUUCCACUCUUGCUUGCUUGACGUGGACUGUAUGCUCCCCUCCACGUUUCCGCAUUUCCACAGUGGCCCUAGCAUUACGUGGCACACGCCGGCUACUUUCGCCACGGGCCAUCGCCUGGACUAUGUUGCGGUCCCGCGCAGCUGGGCGAAUUUUGCCAUGCGCUCAUGGGUAUGGGAGUCUUUUGAGUCCCUCCAGACCAGGCAAGACCACCAGCCAGUCUGCCUGCAGGUUCUUUUCGGCAAAGCCUUGCCGACUGAGGCCUAUUGUAAAUCGACAAGACGAGCGCCACGUCCUAGUCUGGACGUCCGUGGUCACUUUGUUCAGCAACGGGAGGCCUUCCUAGCGGCGCUGGGGGCUCAGGGCCUCCAUUGUCCUUGGCACGUUGCUGUGGACGAACACUGUGAGCGCGUCAGCCAGCCUAUCGUUUGUGCAGCCGCUUCCAUUUGUGAACAACAGCCCGUCCGGCCGAGACAGCCUUAUCUGCAGCCAGAUACCCUGCGGCUCGUGCAGAGGCGUGCAGCGGUCAGGGACUACUUAGCCAUGGAGGAAACCGAGCUGCGCAGGCGAAGGCUGUUGCUGGGCUGGGCAGGCUUCCAGCUGCACGUGCAGGCAGGGGUCUUCAGUGACAGAGCUAAGGCUGCAGCCUCUAGGUGGUUCUAUGAAAUGGACGUCAGUAUUGCUAGAGCGCUUGACAUGCAUCGGUGGCUUACCAGUGCCGUCAGAGCCGCUGUGCGUCGAGAUCGCACCGCCUAUCUGCAGACGCUUGCGGACAGGGUCGCGGUCGCCGAUCUGCGGGAUCCUCUCAAGCUGUAUGCCGCUGUGCGCAAGGCCUUUCCCAAGGCCAAGGCAGCACGCAGGGCGGGCUUUCAGGCCCUGCCUGCGGUCCGUCUGCAGGAUGGCAGCCUGGCCCGGGACCCUGAGGCAAAGGCCGCCAGAUGGAUCGAGCAUUUCGGGGCUCAGGAAGCAGGCCAGGUUGUUGCUGUUGAGGAUUACCCCGGUGCAUGUCGUGUCUCCCCUUUUCGGGCAGACGGCCGCUCAUCACAGUUUGACUUGGCCACUUUGCCGACCCUCUCGGAGGUGGAGCAGCAGCUUGUCAGCCUGCCGCCGCGCAAGGCUUCAGGCCCAGACGCCAUUACCGCAGAAGCCCUUCGGGUUUGCCCUACGGUUGCGGCUCAACUCCUGUACCCGCUUUUCUUGAAGGUUUCGCUCUCCUUGCAGGAGCCGACACCAUGGAGGGGCGGGCACUUGAUGUGCCUCGCCAAGCGGGCUUCGGCAUUGUUUGAUUGCGAGGCCUUCAGAUCGAUUCUUUUGGCCAGCAUUCCAGCCAAGCUUUUGCAUCGUAUCUGGCGCAGCCGCCUAGCACCACAUCUCGAGGCAGUGCGAGGGGACCUGCAGGCAGGGCAGUUGCCCGGCAUUGGCGUGGACAGCGUUGCGCUGGCCGUCAAGACUUACCAAGGUUGGGCAAAAGGGCAGCGUCUCAAGCUUGGGUUGUUGUUCUUUGACGUCAAGGCGGCUUUCUACAAGGUCAUCAGGCAGGCGCUAGUCCCCACGGGUCCAGAGGAUGAUGCAAAAAUAGUUGCCCUGCUCAGGGACUUGGGGGUGCCUGGCGACGCUCUCCCCGAGCUGGCCUCUAAGUUAGGGAACUUGGUUCAGACUGCCCGGCCAGGGGACCCCCUGGCCGACAUCCUCUUUGCGUUCAGCUUCGCAGCGUAUCUUAAGGCGGCCGAGAUGGCACUCCGCGCCCAGGGCCUUGAGACGCCCGUGCCCCGUGCAGAGGAGGCUACUCCCUGGAUUCAUUGGCCGCCCGUCGACAGUGUAGGCGGCGGAGGUUCUGGCCUCAUGCAGCUCACGUACGCUCCAGACAAGACUGCCCUGAUGCUAGCCUCGGACUGUGAUCCCCAGCCUGAGCACGGUCUGCAGCGCGAUUCCGAAGGUAAGCCAGGCUUCGUCAUCAACAAUGCUGUGCUUCAGCAGAGCCACUUUUUGCCUCUGAUAGCCUCCUACAAGCACCUGGGAGGUAUCCUUACCUCCAACGGGACUCCCGGAGCAGACAACCAAUUCCGAUAUGCCCAGGCCUAUGGGACGUUGCGACCCCUGUACGGGCGCUUCUUUUCGACUGUUGGCAUUCCGUUGGUGAUUCGACGAACACUCCUUCGAGCCCUCGUUAUCUCGAGAUUUGUGUUCUCGGGAGCCUCCACCCUGCUUGUAGCGGCCAUCUACAAGCGCCAAUGGUGCAAGAUGUAUGUGUCGCUCUGGCGAGGACUUUGCCGAUGGCCGCGACGAGACAAAGCACCGCACAGCUAUUUCGUGCUUCGCCAUGCGCAGGCCCCCAGUCCAUUAUUAGCCUUGGCUCAGAUGAGAGCUGUGUUGCUCUGUCGGUUAGUCCGGCAUGGCCCUGCCACCCUGCUUCACCUUCUGCACGUGCAUUGGCGCAAUGAUGGAGCUAAGUCCUGGAUUGGGAUGUUUCUGGCAGACAUCCAGGCGGUAGCGCAGUAUGCUGAGCCAGCGGCGAUCCUCCUUCAAAUGGCAGAUCCUGUAGCUACCCUUUUGGAGAAGGUCCAAGAGGACGCUAGAUGGUGGCCCGCGCUCAUUCGCCGGGCCAUCAAAGCCUACCUCGCACGCCUCGAACACUGGGAUCCCAGUAUGAAGGCAGCAGAGGAUGAUGGGGAGCCCGCGGUCGAGCUUCCGUUCCGCUGCAGGUGGUGCGCGGCAACGUUUCGUCUUCGUAAGCAUCUGGCAGUGCACGAGGCCAGGAGCCAUGGACUCCUAUGCCCCGCGCGUCACUACACUCCCACCUCCGAAUGUCAGGCUUGUCUUCGAAGGUUUCAUUCAGUCGAACGCUGCCUUUAUCAUGUCAAGACCUCACGGUCCUGUUUGCUCAGGCUUGUACACCUCUUCCCGCCCAUGGACCUGCCGACCAUCCGUCAGGCUGAGGCGGCCGACACCAAACGGCGUAAGGCCAUGCGUGCUGGAAGAUGGCAAUCGUUUGAGACCGUUACCCCUGUCCGACAGGCUUUCGGUCCCCGAGCGCCCGUGUACUCGGAUUUGUUCCUGGGUUUGGAUGAGGAUCAGGUGCCCCUUGCCCUGCUGCAGAGAGCCUACCGGCCCUCUCCUGAUACUCUCGAUUGGAUUUGGGAGUACCUGUCCGCAGCGUCCAAGGAGGGGCCCCGCCAGGAAACUGCCGGCUUCUGGCUGCGACCCAUCCCCACGAGACAAUCCGUCUGA